AUGCAACUUCGUAAUUUAAACAACACAAUGACUCAAACCGAAAAAGGUGAGUCAAAAAAGAAUACAAAUAUUUUAGGAGCAAAGAUGGAGCGAAGAAGUUUUGGAGAUGUGAGAGAAAAGCGGACAAGUGCCCCGGUCGUCUACAUACCACUGCGAACGAUAAGUAUUCGCUUGACGUUGGAAACCACAACCGUGAUUGUGAUGCGGCAGGUGAAUGUGUUGCUGAAAAGAAACACUGUCCAUGGAACGCCAGCUCAAAUAAUAAAUCGUAUACUAGAAGAUACCGGGCCAGCCGUCCAAGGGAAAAUGCCUAAUAAAGAUGCUAUUAGAAAACUGUGUCAGCGAACACGAAAUUUUGUUGCUGCUGUGCCACCAACUCCAUUGGAUUUACUUAUUUUAAUUAUUCCAGAAGCCUUCAGAAUUUACCAAUUCGCGUCUGGUCAAACUGAAAUAUUCCUUAUGAAGGAUACUGGAUCAGAGCUUCCCGACCCACAAAUCAUUUUUCUAAAAAGAUAA